GCAAGAGUUGCAUUCUGGAGUUGACUGCUCAUGGCACGCACUGUUAGAGAAUGCUCAUUGGCACUUAUUUUCUUGUUCAUGUGGCUGUUGAUUAAAGCAAAUAUAGAUGUGUGCAAGCUUGGCACCGUGACUGUCCAGCCUGCCCCUGUGAUUCCACUUGGGUCAACUGCCAAUAUUUCCUGCUCUCUGAAUCCCAAACAAGGCUGUUCGCAUUAUCCUCAUUCUAACGAAUUAAUCCUCUUAAAGUUUGUCAAUGAUGUCCUUGUCGAAAAACUCCAUGGCAAAAAAGUCCACGGCCACCCUAGUCAUUCCUCCAUAUUUCAAGUCACCAACCUGUCUCUUGGUAUGACUCUGUUUGUCUGCAAGCUAAACUGUAGCAACUCUCAAAAGACACAACCAGUGCCAGUGUGUGGAGUGGAGAUCUCAGUUGGUGUUGCUCCAGAGUCACCUCAAAGCAUAUCGUGUGUCCAGAAAGGAGAGCACGGAACUGUGGCCUGCUCCUGGAACUCUGGGAAAGUUACUUAUCUGAAAACCUAUUACACUUUACAGUUAACUGGACCAAACAAUGUGACCUAUCAGAACCAGUGUUAUUCUGACAAUCGUCAGAAUUGUAGUCGUCUGGAUCUUGGGAUCAAUCUGACCCCUGAUUUAGCUGAAUCCAGGUUCAUAGUCCGUGUUACUGCCACCAAUGAUCUUGGAAAUUCUUCUUCACUUCUGCAUACAUUCACAUUCUUGGACAUAGUGAGGCCUCUUCCUCCGUGGGACAUCAGAAUCAACUUUCUAAAUGCUUCUGGAAGCAGAUGUACACUGCAGUGGGAAGAUGAGGGGCAAGUGGUACUCAAUCGACUCAGAUACCAGCCUCUUAACAGUACAUCCUGGAAUAUGGUUAAUGCUACAAAUGCCAAAGGAAGAUAUGACCUGCAAGAUCUGAGACCAUUCACAGAAUAUGAAUUUCAGAUCUCCUCUAAGCUACAUCUCUCUCGGGGAAGUUGGAGUAAUUGGAGUGAGUCACUGAGAACUCGAACACCAGAGGAAGAGCCUGUUGGGACAUUAGACAUCUGGUACAUGAAACAAGAUAUUGACUAUGACAGACAACAGAUCUCUCUUUUCUGGAAGAGUCUGAAUCCAUCAGAGGCAAGGGGGAAGAUCCUCCACUAUCAGGUGACUUUACAGGAGGUGACGAAGAAAACUACACUGCAGAAUACUACAAGACACACCUUCUGGACCGGGGUCAUUCCCAGAACUGGGGCUUGGACUGCAUCUGUGUCUGCAGCCAACUCAAAAGGCACUUCUGCACCCACUCACAUUAACAUAGUGGACCUGUGUGGCACUGGGUUCCUGGCUCCUCACCAGGUCUCUGCAAAGUCAGGGAACAUGGACAACAUCAUGGUGACCUGGCAGCCUCCUGGGAAAGCUGACUCUGUGAUUCGGGAGUACAUAGUGGAAUGGAGGGCUCUCCAACUAGGGAGCGUCAUGAACCUUACCCCACACUGGCUGCGGAUUCCCCCCUACAACAUGUCUGCUCUGAUUUCAGAGAAGAUAAAGCCCUAUAUCUGUUACGAAAUCCGGGUACAUGCACUGUCAGAGGACAAAGGAGGGUGCAGCUCCAUCCGGGGUGACUCCAGUCACAAAGUGCCACUGAGUGGCCCUCAUAUCACUGCUAUCACAGAGAAAAAGGAAAGCCUUUUUAUUUCCUGGACCCACAUCCCUUUCCUGGAGCAAAGGGGCUGCAUCCUCCAUUACAGAAUAUACUGGAAGGAGCGACACUCUACCUCGAAACCCGAGCUCUGUGAAAUUCAGUACAGACACUCUCAAAACUCACAUCCAAUAAGCAGCCUACAGCCCAAGGUGACAUAUGUCCUAUGGAUGACAGCUGUGACAGCUGCUGGUGAAAGUCCCCAAGGAAAUGAAAGGGAAUUUUGUCCACAGGGCAAAGCCAACUGGAAAACAUUCGUGAUAUCAAGCAUUUGCAUCGCUAUCAUCGUGGUGGGCACUUUCUCAAUUCGUUACUUCAGGCAAAAGGCAUUUACUCUCCUUUCUACUCUCAAACCCCAAUGGUAUUGCAGAACUAUUCCAGAUCCAGCAAAUAGCACUUGGGUAAAGAAGUAUCCCAUUAUGGAGGAGAAGAUCCAGCCGCCUGUGGACAAUCUCCUGAUGGCCUGGCCUGCUCCUGAAGAGCCUGAGCCCCUGAUCAUCAAUGAAGUCCUCUACCAAAUGAUCCCAGUAGGCAGACAACCCUAUUGCUUCAAAAGAGGACAAGGGUUCCAAGGUUACUCUACCUCCAAGGAAGACACAAUAUACCUUGCCACCAAUCCACAAACUACAGGAACUCUCACAGCUGAGUCAAGACAACUAGUGAAUCUAUACAAGGUGCUAGGAAGCAGGGACCCUGACUCAAAACUGGGCAACCUGACCAGCCCCUUGACAGUCACCCCAGUGAACUACCUUCCUACCCAUGAAGGCUAUUUACCCUCCAACAUAGAAGACCUCUCAUCACAUGAAGUUGACCCAAGUGAUUCUUUAGACCUGGACCAUCAACAUAUUUCUCUUUCCAUUUUUGCAUCAAGUUCUCUCCGCCCACUCACCUUCUGUGGUGAGAGACUGACUCUAGAUCGGUUAAAGAUGGGCUAUGAGAAAUGAGGCUUGAUACCUAGAAAGUCAAUGUACCCCAUUAGGGCAGCACAGUAUAUCUACCCAGUUCCUACUCCCAUGGUCACAAUCUUUGGUAGUAUAUAGCUUUGGGACAAUGCAAACAAGCCAGUUGUCUCUGGAUUAAGUUAGCUUCACCAGAGACUUCAGUCUUAUGCAUAAAAAGACAAGACACCAACACAGAUAAACAUCAAUAAAGGGCACCCAAGAUAGUCAUGCUCAUCAUCUGUGGCACACACGUGUGUAAGCGUGCACACACACCUGUCAAUCACUGUCAGUUUGAUGGAGAAUUACCUCUGUACUCUUAUUCCAUGUAACUUUUCUGUUAUGGCCCAACGCCAGUUAUCUCUGGGUCUAAAACCUCAAUCUACAAGAACCCAGACUUUGCUGUUCUGUUUCUUCAUAACUAUGGACUGACUCGGCACCCUCUAUCAUACCACUGGCAAAGUCCAGUGCCACUUGAAAGGUUCAAGACAGUUUUUUCUUAAAACAUCAAGCCUGACUAUCUCCACCACAUCCUCUCCAGUAACACUAUUUUUCUGUGUUUGGUAUUUUCAUUUAACAAAGUAUCUAUCGCAAGUUUGUACUUCCUUUUCUAACCUAACAAAUUAGCAAUGUGUCCAUAUAGCCCAGUCCUAUAAAUUUUUUAUCUUUUGUUUA